AUGUCAUCGUCAGAAGAACAAUUAAUAAAUUCAAUCAAAGAAUUAAAUUUACCAUUUCCAUAUAGAUGUACGAUUGAAUAUUACAAGUUGUCAAUGACAGAUACUGUUGUUAGACCACUCAUUGUGGUUGGUGUAGAUCGUAGUCUAUCAGAACAAGAAAGAUCAUUGGUACCAAGAUCUAUUGAUGGAAUCACUGUUCAAAUGGAAUAUACUACCAUUGUAGAUCCUUCUCCCGCUCAAUUACUUGCAAGACAACAACAACAAAAAGAUCAAAAAGAUAAUGGUGUAGUUGAUAUUCUAGAAGAACAAGAUAUGGAAGAUGAUGAUGAUGAUGAUGAUGAUGAUGAAGAAGAUGAAGAAGAUGAAAUGGAUGAAUAA